AUGACGCCAGGCAAUGUCGUGUUUAUAGUAAAGAUCGUGGACAACGUUAAUAUGGAUAGAGUAUUUCUGGGGCAUAAAGUUUAUCAGGCUAGCAAGGACAGCGAUGUAGAUAGUGAUACAGCGGAUAAAAUUUAUGGAUUAUAUCAUUACACCUCUGAUCUCUCUAGCCUUUACAAUGGCAACAGUGUAGAAGGCGACAACCAAGUUCUUAAAACAGAAACUCAAGCUGAUUGUAUUAAGACGAAUGUUUUGCAAGACGAGCCUGGCGAUAUAGUCUCUUUUAAUUCGGAUGAUAACGACGUGGUCCUUCCAAUUUCUAAAGUAAUGGGAACGAUAGGCAAGAAGUUUCGUUACUUCAAUAAUACUAACCACGUAAUCAACAGAAAGUGUCAUAUUUGUCUGGAACUUGGACAUCUUUCAUACCAAUGUCCCAUGAAAAAGAAAAUGACGUGCAGAAUAUGUGGUGAAAUUGGACAUAAAUUGAAUUCAUGUCCUAAUCAAUUUUGUUACAAGUGCGAUCAACAAGGCCACCGAGGCAAGGAAUGUCCUAAUGGAUUAGCGAAAGAUAAAAGAAAAACCUGUCGACGUUGUUUCAUGAGGGGCCAUGUAGAGAAGGAGUGUCCCGACAGAUGGAGGCAAUAUUAUGCUACUACUAAAUUUGGCCCUCCGAAAAAGCCGCCUGACGAACUUCUGAACGCCCAAAACCCUAGAGUCUAUUGCUACAAUUGUGGUAAAAAGGGACACUAUGGCCAUGAAUGUGUUGAAGCAAGAAUGAAUUCUUGGAUACCUCCUAGUAUCCCGUUCGUUUUUCGCUUUGAUAACCUAAUAUUACGUAAUAAACCUGGUACCAGUAGUGAUCGGAUAGCUAGUAAUACACAUAUAAGAUUUGAAGAAUCACCUGUAGAAUAUAAACAACAGAUGUCUAAAAUGCCAAGAUCUCUCGAAAAUGCCGCAAUUUCAGGUAAACGCCUUAAGUUGGACAAUAUUAAAUCGAAAUCUGCAAUUCCUGACAUUAACGGUCACCAUACUACAAAAGUAGAAGAUAACGACAAAGCAACUAAAUUCAAUGAAUCGAUGGUAACUUAA